AUGAAUUGCGAACACGUCGAUUCUGAAAAUAUAUUAUUAUGUUCACCCGAUUCCCCUCCUCAAGCAUCGCAUGAGAAACUGCUUGGGUAUUUUCCCGAUUACGUUAAUAUCGAUUCUCAAGCAUCGCUAUAUAAGCACAACUUUCAAGAAACAAGGAAUUUAUACGCCGAUUUUGAAAACUCAUUAUGUUUACCCGAUUCCCCUCCUCAAGUGUCGCAUGAGGAAUUUUGGUAUAUUCCCAAUUGUGCUAAUAAUUUUCUCAACCGUCAAGAAACAUGGAAUUUAUACGAACACCAAAUCGAUUUUGAAAACCUAUUAUUUUUACCUGAUUUCCCUCAAGCGUUGCAUGAAUAUCCUCUUUGUGAAUUUACCAAUUACGCUAAUAUCGAUCCUCAAGUGUUGCAUGAGGAAUUUAUGAAUGAUCCUUCAUGCGGAUUUACCGUGCCUUGGCAAGUUCCAAAAACAACGGAAUGCUCAAUGAAAAGACCUAACGAGGUCAAGUUCGUCUUUGAGAAUCCAUGUUCACCCGAUUCCCCUAAUACUGAUCGUCAAGCGUCGCUUGAUAAAAUUAUUGAAGACUCUUCUUAUAAAUUUGCUUUACCGUUAAAAAAUCUGCUUAACCAAAGAAAACAUAGAAAAAUAUCACAAAAACCACCUCGCGCACAAAAUAAAUUCAUUCUGUUUCGUAAAGAAUAUACUGCACGCGCGAGAAAGGAGAAUCCUGAUAGGAUAAGGUCAAUGAAAACGCAUGAAUUGUCUAAGGAGGCGAGUGAAAACUGGAAGGCUCAAUCGGCAGAAGUGAAACAAUUGUUUACCGUUUUAGCCGAAAUUGCUAAUGAAAAGCAUAAAGCGACGUAUCCAGGAUACGUCUAUGAGCCUGAGAAAAAAAAAGGACAAACAAACGGCUUUUGA